GUGCUAAGUUUACACGUACACCUGAGUGAGGAAGACAUGUGCGUUUUGUAUUGUUAAAAAAAAAAAAAAAAAAAGAUCCCGGUCUCAUGUUUAUGUUGAAAAUGUCAGUCUUUGUUUCCACUCAAGUGCUAAUCUUUCUAAAAAUGUCCCUCACGUUGAAGGACAUCCAAAAGGCAGUAACUUAUUAGAACCUUGGGUUCAGAUUACAAAUGCAUUUGGCUAGCUCAGUGUUAAAGUUCAGAUUAUCUCGGAAUUAUUUUAAAUAUUUGUGCAGUAGACUGACUAGUUUACUAAUGCAUUGCCUCAUAACCCUCCGCUAAUAACCACCUUGGUUUGUGAUCAUUAACUCCAAGGGCUCAAGCAAGCUCGCGGCGAAGGUAAUUUGCUUCAGUGUCUGAAGCUGUUAUAUGAUGUCUUUUCCCUAGGAUGUGGAAGAGUUGACUCAGAAAAGGAAUUUGAAACGGAUUUUUAGACCGCACUUUAUUAUUUGCACAGAAGAGUUGAAAAGGAAGUUCUGAUGAGAUCUGCGGUUUCCCUCCCGUUGGCCGUCCUGUGAGGGUGCCAGCUUCUGCGCAUGAUUUAAUGGAUCAGAAGGAGGUGUCAGUGAAAAAAAAGGUCCAGAAUGAUUACUAACCUAUGACUCCCAACAGUAUGACAGAAAAUGGCCUUCCAGCCUGGGACAAACCAAAGCACUGUCCAGACCGAGAACACGACUGGAAGCUAGUAGGAAUGUCUGAAGCCUGCCUCCAUAGGAAGAGCCAUGCAGAGAGGCGCAGCGCAUUGAAAAAUGAACAGUCGUCACCACAUCUCAUCCAGGCCACUUGGACUAGCUCGAUAUUCCAUCUGGACCAUGACGAUGUGAACGACCAGAGCAUCGCAAGUGCCCAGACCUUCCAAACGGAAGAGAAGAAAUGUAAAGGGUACAUCCCCAGUUAUUUAGACAAGGACGAGCUAUGUGUAGUGUGUGGUGACAAAGCCACCGGGUACCACUACCGCUGCAUCACGUGUGAAGGCUGCAAGGGUUUCUUUAGAAGAACCAUUCAAAAAAAUCUCCAUCCAUCCUAUUCCUGUAAAUAUGAAGGAAAAUGUGUCAUAGACAAAGUUACCAGAAAUCAGUGCCAGGAAUGUCGCUUUAAAAAAUGCAUCUAUGUUGGCAUGGCAACAGAUUUGGUCCUGGAUGACAGCAAGAGGCUGGCGAAGAGGAAGCUGAUUGAGGAGAACCGGGAGAAAAGACGGCGGGAAGAGCUGCAGAAAUCCAUUGGGCACAAGCCGGAGCCCACAGACGAGGAGUGGGAGCUCAUCAAAACUGUCACCGAAGCCCACGUGGCCACCAAUGCCCAAGGCAGCCACUGGAAGCAGAAACGGAAAUUCCUGCCAGAAGAUAUUGGACAAGCACCAAUAGUAAAUGCCCCAGAAGGUGGAAAGGUUGACUUGGAAGCCUUCAGCCAUUUUACAAAAAUCAUCACACCAGCAAUUACCAGAGUGGUGGAUUUUGCCAAAAAGUUGCCUAUGUUUUGUGAGCUGCCAUGUGAAGACCAGAUAAUCCUCCUCAAAGGCUGCUGCAUGGAGAUCAUGUCCCUUCGUGCUGCUGUGCGCUAUGACCCAGAAAGUGAGACUUUAACCUUGAAUGGGGAAAUGGCAGUGACGCGGGGCCAGCUGAAGAACGGGGGUCUUGGGGUGGUGUCGGACGCCAUCUUUGACCUGGGCAUGUCACUGUCUUCUUUCAACCUGGAUGACACUGAAGUAGCUCUCCUUCAGGCAGUCCUGCUAAUGUCUUCAGACCGCCCAGGGCUUGCCUGCGUUGAAAGAAUAGAAAAAUACCAAGAUAGUUUCCUGCUGGCCUUUGAACACUAUAUCAAUUACCGAAAACAUCAUGUGACACACUUUUGGCCAAAACUCCUGAUGAAGGUGACAGACCUGCGGAUGAUUGGAGCCUGCCAUGCCAGCCGCUUCCUGCACAUGAAGGUGGAAUGCCCCACAGAACUCUUUCCCCCAUUGUUCUUGGAAGUAUUCGAGGAUUAGACUGACUGACUUCAUUCUCAUAAUUCCUACAGCACUACUGGGUGUCAUUUCAUUCCAUUGCCUAGAUCUUUUUUGUUUGUUCCUUUGUUUCUUUGUGUUGGGAGGGACUGUUUGGGGUAAAGGGAGGUAGUCCUUAGCAUAGACAUGGAUGAAAUUGCCCCUUGAAUGCGGGUACUUGUAACUAUUGCAUUUUGUUCUCCUGUCCUUUGAUGUGAAUGCUUUGAAGAUUUUACAGUUGUGGAGGUGGGAUGGGGACAAUCAUUAAUUCACCAGCACCAAGCCAUCACCAGCUCCCAUCUGUCCCUGGUCAGAGACUGAAGCAAGCAAAAUGGUGUGGCAGAAAACUAACGAAGCCUUAAAACCAAGAUAAUAUGGUCAUCUGGAUCUGGUCCUGAUUUUUGCAGGGCUCAAAUUAGUAUGGUGCAAACCACCUUUGGUUAGAUGUGGCUUUCAGCUUUCUAGGGAAAGGUCUGAACUGGUUUUUAUCUAUUCAAGAGCAUGCUGUUUUCAGCACUCUUCAUUCUCUCCUAGCAGCAUAACUUGGAAUGUAUAGAAAUAUUUUUUCCUCAAAAAUCAGCUGUCCUUUCACUCUAAUUUUUAUAAUCCUAUGAUUUCAUUCAAGUUAUACAAGGGUGUGACUCAAAGAUGUGCAGGUAUCUGACUGACUGAGGCCAACAAGGGAAACAAUUUUCCUCAGCAAGCCCAAAGAAAUUAGAAAGCUUCACUAAUGUCAAUGACUCAACAGUUUCCAAAAAUCCACAUGGUGUUACCUCAGAGUAGGAAGGCUGCUUUACAGUUUAGGCUCAGAGAAAAUCUCUACCAAAAUCAAACCGAUUUACAGAGUGUUGUCACUUUUCAAUGACAUCUGAUCUGUCAUCUCUCAAACUUCUGAAGUUGUUUAAUCCUGACUGCAUCUUUGCUGAGCUGACAACAUAUUUCCCUAUGGAUUAAAUCUUCUAAUCAAGGAGAGAUAACAAGCUGAAAUUUGAGUCUUGUUCUGGAGGAAUUCUGAGAGAUAAGUGUGGUGCAUUCUGAGUAAAAAGAAGUGCAGUGUUCUGAGAGUCUCUUCAUGUGCUGAUGGUUCCCUUUGGCCUUAGAUCCUCGAGCUCUUUGCUCUACAAAUAAAUGUUACCUAUUUGCCUUUUCCCUCUGACUCUCAGGCUUGGCUAUCACUGAACAAAGACUAGUUUGACCACUGACCCUCCCUGUCCCUCUAGAGCAUUGCCCUGACAUAUAUUUCAUAGAAGAUACCUGCAGACCAUGUACAUGAACACUCACCUUCCCUGCCUCACCCUCCUCCCUGAUGACAAACACUGUAGUAGAUUGUGCCCAGAAAACCCAUGGUGAUCCCUGAUCAUUUCAAUUUAAGAAAAUGGGCAAAGAAUGUACCCAUGCAAUUGAAUGUAUCUUGUUCUUCAGUGGCAUAGUAGACAUGAACUACUCCUUUACCUGCCUUGAACUGCCUUAUCCUGGAAAUAUUGGGGAAAACAAGCCAUAUCAGUGAGAUUUAACUAAAAAACAAAAAA